CAAAGCCAUCCCACCGGUGCCACGAGUACAACGACAAUGGAUCUCGUCGUCGGCGCGUCGAGCGGCGCCGUGAAGUCCCUCGUCAACAAGCUGGGCAGCCUCCUCGCGCAGGAGUACACCCUGAUCGCCGGCGUCCGCGACGACAUCCAGUACAUCAACGACGAGCUGGCCAGCAUGCAGGCCUUCCUCAGCAAGCUCACGCGGGGCGUGGCCCACGACGAGCAGCGCCAGGACUGGAUGAAGCAGGUGCGGGAGGUGGCCUACGACAUCGAGGACUGCAUCGACGACGUCGGCCACCGCCUCGGCGGCGAGCCCCGGGGGGCUGGCGGCCUCCUCUCCCUCAGGAGGGCGUGGUACCUGACGGCGACUCUGUACGAGCGCCGCUGCAUCGCCGCUGACAUCCGCAACCUCAAGCGACGGGCGCAGCAUGUCAGCGAGCGGCGCACCAGGUAUGGGGUGGAGAACCUCCCCGCCGGCGGCAGCAGCCUCGCCGGAGCCAACGGCCCCAGCGACCGUCCAGCUCCUCCUCUGCAGCUCAUCGGCAACACGGAACCUGUAGGCAUGGAGGCCGCCAUUAGUGAACUGGAGGAAUGGUUUUCCGAGGGGAAGCAUGGCACCCAGCAGAGGUUCCUCGCAAUCGUCGGAUUUGGUGGGCUUGGCAAGACCACGCUCGCCAUGGCGUUGUACCGCAAGUUUGGGGACGAAUUCGAUCGCAGAGCCUUCGUGCUGGCGUCGCAGAAAUUUCACCUCCAGACUGUUCUGAGGAAUCUUGUCAGGCAGUUCCAUGAGCAGCAGGCUGACGCGUCUCAGGAUGCCCUCCAUGAGAUUGAUGAAUUGGGAGAUGAAGCACUCAAGAAGAAGCUCUCCAACCAAUUAAAAGAUAAGAGGUACCACAUCUUGAUAGAUGACAUUUGGUCUGUAUCAGCAUGGGAAAAUAUCAGAGACUCCUUGCCCAAGAAUGACAAGGGUGGCAGCAUAGCGGUGACAACAAGGUUUAAAUCAGUAGCUGAAGCAUGCCGCCGUCAACAAGGUAAAGUCUAUGAGCUCAUGGCGCUCUCUGAAGAAACUUCCUACAAGUUACUUCGUCAAAUUAUCACCUGCGUUCCCGAUGAUCCGACUGAUGGUGCUAAAACCGUUUUAAAGAAAUGUGGAGGUCUGCCAUUGGUCAUAAUUGUAGUCGCAGGGCUUGUGGCUAGUAAAAUGAAAUCAAACACUAACCCUGAAGUAGAUAGCCAUUUAGUUGAAGUGAACAAGGACUUGAGUGAUGAUUUAGGGAAUAAUCUCACCACAGAAGGAGUGACACACAUACUAAACCACUGCUACAACCAUUUGCCAGCUGAUCUCAAAACCUGUUUGUUGUACUUAACUAUGUUCCCAAAGGGGUGUUGUAUCAGCAGGAAGCGUUUAAUCAGGAGAUGGAUAGCUGAAGGAUUCAUUGCUGAGAAGCAUGGGAAGACCGUUGAGGAAGUUGCUGAAGACUGCUUCAAUGAACUCAUUGGCAGGAACUUGGUUAGACCAACGAACAACAGCAGUAAUGGCAAGGUGAAGAGUUGCCAAAUUCAUGACAUGGUUCUUGAGUACAUUGUCUCCAAAUCUAGUGAUGAGAAUUUCAUCACUGUAAUUGGUGGUCACUGGCAGACACCAUUUCCAAGCUACAAGGUACGCCGGCUGUCCGUUCAGAAAAGUGGCCGGCAAGAGAAAGAAACAGUAGAGAGGAUGAAAUUAUCUCAUGUUCGAUCCUUAACGGCUAUGGGAAGUUUCAAGGCUCUUCAUUCUACACUGCUCAAGUUUCAAAUAUUGCAAGUAUUGGAUCUUGAGGGCUGCAAGGACUUGUCCCAUUCCUACCAGCUUAAGAAAAUAUGCAAUAUGCACCAAUUGAAGUACCUGAGCCUUCGCCGGACAGACAUCGGCAAGAUCCCGAAGAAGAUAAGCAGGCUGGAAUACUUGGAGAUACUUGAUAUAAGGGAAACAAAUGUGAAAAAGUUGCCUUCAUCGGUGGAGAACCUUGAAAGAAUGGUCCAUCUGCUUACUGGCAAUAAAAGCAAGCAAAUAGCAUUGGAACUAACGGAAGAAAUCACAAAGAUGACAGCUCUACAGACACUUUCUGGGAUUGAGAUCUGUGGAAGCUCAAGUGCUGCCUUGCAGAACCUUACCAACUUGAAGAAACUUAAGAUUUACAAACUUGAAAACUUCAAUGAGAGGGAUCAUGAGUUGUUGCUCUCUGCCAUUGAGCAUCUGAGCAGUUGUUCCCUCAAGUUUCUUGCAAUUGAUGAUAGUUUCAGAGGCUUCCUUGACAGCUCACUAAGUUCUUCACAAGCACCUCCGGAACACCUGUACACCCUCGAGCUUUCUGGUAUGUUGUCUGAAGUGCCUCGAUGGAUUAAGAGCCUGCACAACCUUGAGAAGCUUACUCUAUCGUUGACUUCACUUACUACAGCUACUUUACAAACUCUUAGUAGUCUGCCUGAGCUGUUCUCUCUCAUUUUUUCACUCGAUGCAACAAAGAAUAGUUCAAAUGUUCUGAAAAUUGUGGGUAAGAACACAUUGGAGUCUGGAGGUAAGAUCUUUGUGCGGGAUGAGGGAUUUAAAAAGCUGAAGCUCCUGCGUUUUGCAGCACCUGCGCUACCACCUCUGAGCUUUCUAGAAGGUGCAAUGCCGGAGCUUCAGAGGCUUGAGCUGAGGUUCAGAACAAUCGAGUGUGUGUACGGCCUCGAAAACCUUUCGAGUCUCCAACAAGUAUUUUUGACAGUCAGCAGCCAGGCACCAGAUGAUGCCAAGGCAAAGAUUUCUCAGGUCAAAAGACAGGUAAGCCUGAUUCAAAAGGCUAAAAAUUCCCCCAACCCCAACGUGGUGAUGGACGAGUACAACGAAUUACCAAAAGAAUUGUAGACUAUCUAGUCAUAAUCUGCACUUAAUUGCAGUGAGAGAGUUUAUUCUGUUAUCUAUGUGUCAUACCUACAUCGUUGUUGGUUUUUCUACUCACGAUUUUCUUGUCUAUUUACAUAUUAUUUUUAGAAUUGUCCACUGGUUUUGUAUAUGGGCUAUUGUCGAUAAACCUGUUUCACGAAAUACGGUUGUUACGGUGUGUCAGCAUUUGGAACUGGUGGUCAUGGAGUUUUUUUAAGUCAUGAACAUGGGUGACAAUCUAGUUUAAGAAUUCCAUCUUAACCAGAUUCUGCUCUUAUUUGUAAUAAACGUUUAGUUGUGCAUUUAGUGUUUUUGGUUACGUGUAUCUAAGUUAUAUAGAGGCUAAGAGUGGUUUUGGUAUGGUUCUAUCACCUUGAUAGAAUCAUCUGAUACUAAUAAAAGAUUUCUUUGUCUAAAAGUUUACAAAUUGUUCUACUGUUCUUUGUUGAGUUGUGGUAACUAUGUUUUGU